AUGGAAUGCGGUUACGGUGGUGGAUCUUUUGGUGAACUCGAUCUGUCUGAACUUCAACCAAUGGUUAUCUCCACCUCUUUUGGUUGGAUCAAAGGACAAGGCAAGUUGUUCUAUUGUAAUUUCUUAGCGAAUUGUGAUAGUAGGCAGUUGGAUCAGUCAGUACGACAGCGAUUGUUCGAAAAGCACAAUCUACUCAGGGGAAGUCUAGCGAGAGGACAGACGGAAGCUAAUGGGAAUUAUGGCAUUGCACCACCAGCGGCCAACAUGCAUAGGAUGAGAUAUAGCUGUGAUGCAGAAUCGUACGCCCAACAGCAUGCCAAUACUUGCAAUGAGAUGGUACUUCCGCAAGAUGCACGUCCAGGAUACAAAGAAAACAUCUACAGUUUUAGAGGAACCGGCGGUCAGGCGGAUGCUGCCGAAGCUGCUACAAAUGCAUGGUGGAGCCAGCUUGCUAGGAAUGGCAUGAGAACGGAUAUGUCGUUCACGAACGAUGUUCAAUCUGACCAAACUGCAGCAGUGGCACAAUGGGCAAAGAUGGCAUGGUGGAACAACCAAAUAGUUGGUUGUGCCAUACGUCAAUGUAGCGGAUUUAUGUUCGUGGUUUGCAUGUAUCGUCCAGGAGGCGACAACAUAGGAGAACGAGUUUACAACGUUGGAGCGGUGUGUUCACAAUGCCCAGAAGCGUACUGUGACAGUAGGCAGCUGGAUCAGUCAGUACGGCAGAGAUUGUUUGAGAAACAUAAUUUACUCAGGGGAAGUCUAGCGAGAGGACAGACGGAAGCUAAUGGGAAUUAUGGCAUCGCACCACCUGCUGCCAACAUGUAUCGCAUGAGAUAUAGCUGUGAUGCUGAAUCGUAUGCCCAACAGCAUGCUAACACGUGCAAUGAGGUGGUACUGCCACCAGAUGCACGUCCAGGAUACAAGGAAAACAUGUACAGUUUUAGAGGAACCGGGGGUCAGGCGGAUGCUGCUGAAGCUGCCACGAACGACUGGUGGAGCCAGCUUGCGAGGCAUGGCAUGAGAACGGAUAUGUUGUUCACGAGCGAUGUUCGAUAUCGACAAACCGAAAGGGUAACAAAGUGGGCAAAGAUGGCAUGGUGGAACAAUCUUCUAGUUGGGUGCGCCAUAAAUCAAUGUAACGGAUUUAUGUUCGUGGUCUGCAUGUAUCGUCCAGGAGGCAACAACAUUGGAGAGCGAGUGUACAACGUAGGAGCGGUGUGUUCACAAUGCUCAGGUCAAUGCGUUGAAGGACUCUGCCUCUAA